GUCUCUUUCUAAAUGGACAGCUUACGGUCCUUCAUGGACUACUGCCACGAUUGAGCUUGAAGGUUAACAAUUAGUUCCACAGGAGAUUGUUUUGCUAAAAAUGGCAAAAAAAAUAAAGACAUGAAUUUAGCACAAAUAAAUGACAAGCUAUACUGAGUAACUGAAAAGAGGGGCUGAACACUGCUCCUAUUGCGGCUGCAGAUGGCAGCAGCCGCGGAACAGCGCGGGACCAGCAGAGGAUUCUUCAAAUAAAGAACCGUUUAAGCGCGAGCUCGGGAUCAGGCAGGAGCGGACCGGACCGGACCGGACCAGACUGGGCCAGAGCGGCGGUGGCAGGUGCAUUACACACCGGGGACGGCUGCGGGGAAGAGAUGGAGGAAGAGGAAGCUGCUUCAGGGUCCGUCCGUUGGAAGCCCCAACGUCAAUGUCCGCACUCGGCCUCUGGUUCGGGGCCAUCAGCGUGAGUCAGCGACCGGAGCGGAGAAGUAAUCCGGGCCGGGCCAGGCCCGGCAGGGAUUGGACGGAGAGUGAGUGCAUUGCAAAUGCAAGCAGCUGAUCCAUCAGUUCAAAAAAACAUUUGCAGUACCUUUCUUCUUGACAGCCACGGACCUCAGUAUGAAACAACGCAUCAUGAUCAGACCCCAUGACUUCUCUCAGAAACACAGCCUGUUGUGUAUCCAAACACGCAAAACUCCAGGAUUGACUCCACAUACAUGCAACAAAUUCAUGGGCUUGAAUAAUCACUCUGUGCAUGAGAACAGCAUUGUUCUGGGACUACUACAUCUCAAUGUGGAAAGCACUGACAAACCGCUAAACGUGAUAACAUCUUGGUCAAUGGUGGAAAAACCAGCAAUGGAGAAAGGGUACUCUAGUACAGAGAAUGUUGGGGAGUGGUUAGUGCAAGACACAGACAACUCGGAUUCAGACAGUGAAUUGGAGCAUUUGGGAAUUGCCAUGUUAGAGACUGGUCCUUUAAGUAAAGCUCAUCGACAGCUUUGUAGGUCACCUGGUUUGGAAUCAAAUCUACUAAAAUGCAAUGAGGUUCUACAGGAUUUUAAAAUAGAUGCUGAAACAAAACCAAAGGAAGAUUUAAAACUCACUGAUGAAGACAAAGACUACCAAACCAAAAUGGAGUUUGCACUGAAGUUAGGAUAUUCAGAAGAACAAGUACAGCUUGUCCUGACAAAAUUAGGAACAGAUGCCCUCCCUAAUGAUAUACUAGGUGAGCUUGUUAAGCUGGGGAAUAAACUUGAUUCUGAUGCUUCCUGUGGCACAAGUAACCCUGGAACUAUGACUCCGCGCGAUACAACUUCAACAGAUUCUCAAAGAUCUGAUUCGCCUGUAGAAGAAUUGGUGGAUGAUGGUGAUAAUCUAAAGCCUGUGGUCAUUGAUGGUAGUAAUGUGGCAAUGAGUCAUGGCAAUAAGGAAGUGUUCUCCUGUCGAGGAAUUAAGUUAGCAGUGGACUGGUUUUUGGAAAGGAGCCAUAAAGAUAUUACUGUGUUUGUGCCCGCCUGGAGGAAGGAACAGUCAAGGCCUGAUGCCCUCAUCACGGAUCAAGAAAUCCUGCGCAAGUUGGAAAAGGAUAAAAUCCUAGUGUUCACACCAUCCCGGCGCGUGCAAGGGCGAAGAGUGGUUUGCUAUGAUGAUCGCUUCAUCGUGAAAUUGGCUUAUGAAUCAGAUGGCAUCAUUGUGUCAAAUGAUAACUACAGAGAUUUGCAGAAUGAAAAGCCGGAAUGGAAAAAAUUCAUAGAUGAAAGAUUACUUAUGUAUUCUUUUGUUAACGACAAAUUCAUGCCACCUGAUGAUCCUCUGGGUCGCCAUGGGCCUAGCUUGGAUAACUUUCUGAGGAAACGGCCUGUCGUACCAGAACAUAAGAAGCAGCCGUGUCCAUAUGGAAAAAAGUGCACUUAUGGACACAAAUGUAAGUACUACCAUCCAGAACGAGGCACACAACCUCAACGUUCUGUGGCUGAUGAACUCCGUGCUAGUGCAAAGAAUUCAAUAAUGAAAACCACUAAUGAAGGAGCCUUGGUGAAGAGCAACAGUGUUCCAACUAAUACCAAAACUGAGGGUAUGUUUGAUGUCAAAUGUACAGGUCCUAAAAGGCAGUCUGACCCAAGUAUACAAACACCUCUUUAUAAUGAGGUUGAAGAGAAACUCAGCAACAAAACCAGAUUGGAAACUAGGUCUGUGCCCUCACUUAUUGGUGCAUCAAAUCCUUCAGCUGCAAAAGUCCAAGGUAGUGCAGUAUCAGGUUCUGGAAUGCACCUUUUGACACAAGAACAAGGGGUGCCAGCACAGUACUCCCCGAUUCUGGUGAAUAAUAGCCGUGGAACACACAAAUCCUAUAACCAGCAUCCAAAAUGUGAUUCUCCUGUUGAUGGAGGAUAUUAUUCCAUGAUGAAUCCAUAUCAUAACCUUGGUGUAUCUGGUACACACAGCCCUGACCAGUUUUCUGUAGAUAAAGAAUAUGGACUAAACCAUGUAGGAUCUGAUUGUAGCAGCGAAGGUAGUAUUAGCUGUGGUAGCAGUGAUUCAUAUAUUGGGUAUAAUGAACGAGCCUAUCUAAGUUCCCCAGUUACUGUGCUUGAGGAAAACCUUAAAUGUCACCAGUAUCACAAUCGACAUCAGCCCUUUCUUCAUGGUUAUCAUGAUACUCUAACAAGAGUACAAAGUUAUGGUCAAGAAGAGCAAAAGCCAUUGCAUAAAACUUCAGUAUCUUGUAUGGCAUCACAUUUGCAGCACCCAGUAAUUGGAGCCCGCUCUAGUUGUCCUGGUGAAUAUCGCCCUGUACCUCACAAUGCCCAGCAUCCACAGAGCAUGCACAUGGGAAGAGCACUAGGAACUACAAGGAUAGAAAGCUUUUCAGACUCGCGUUUAUAUGAAAACCUACCAGUGAGGCAAAGAAAACCUUAUAUAGGUCAAGAAACAUUUGCCAAUUGGAACAGGCUUGGCUAUGGUAUGGAUAGUUAUGGUUACGCACAAGGGUAUUCGUUACCGAACAAUCCAACUCAGCCAUGUUAUGAUCAGUUUACAUUCCAAAGCCUACCUGAAAAAAGGGAGCAGACCUGGAGGAUGCCAUGGAGCGGGCUACCUCCUGAGCCUCCAAAUUCACAAAGAUUACAGGAUGCCCGUGACAAGAUCUUCAUAAAUCUGUGCAACAUAUUUCCUGCUGACCUUGUGCAGAUGGUGAUGAAAAGGAAUCCUCAUAUAAUUGAUGCCCAGCAACUUGCUGCAGCUAUUCUAGCAGAAAAGUCAAAACUGGGUUAUUGACUUGAAAUGCAUCAUCUUGGUGUUCUUAUUUCUCAGCCCAAAUGCUGAGGUAGCUUGCAUUUGAGAUUCUUCAGACAAGGAGAUAAAAUAGAGUAUACAGUGUAAAGAAGUACCCUCUGCAAAAGGGAUUUUUUGUGUGUUUCUAUCAAUAACUUUUAGAAUUGUGUUAUUUAAGGCUGCAGUUUGCUAUAGGAAACAUAAAAUGUAUAUGCUAAAGCACCUUUUUAAAAUUUAAAUACUGGUGAUAUGAUCUACUGUCUCCAUGAUAUAUUGCAGCUUUAACCUGAAGAUUAUAAGCAGGAAGUCUGACGUUUUUCUCAAAACAAUACAUUUAGUGGCUUAUGGCACUUUUCCUUUACAUUUGAGAACAUAUUGGUGGUAAAGGUAUGUAAAUACAGAUUUCAGCCUACCACUAAUUGAAUAGUAUGAUCCAAAAUGCAGCUGACCUUUAACUAAUGGCCAUUACUAGCUGAGCAGAAGUGACAGUUAUUAUUUGAGAAUAUAUAUGGUACUGUGCUAAGUUUUGAGGUUGCAAUAAAAAAACAACCUUUAAAUUAAUUUAGUUUAAGCAUUUUAAAAUAUAUUGUAUACUGAUUUUUAAUAAUGCACUCGGGCUAUGCUAUUAUGAGCAGGCCUGAUUUAUCUUGCCACAUUUUUUUUAAAAAGUAGAAACAAACAGAUUGUUUAGUUUCAAUGAGUUGUUUCUGGUAUUUUUAAUAGACUUUGCCAGCUGCAGUGUCAUAUUCAUCCUACAAGGAAUCUUUUUAGCUAUUCAUUCUGUUUAGCUGUUGAGUGCAUUGCAGCCUUAAGCAAAGUUCUAAAUGGCCAGAAAUGACCUUUCAUUGUUGAUACAAAUUGUAUCUUUAAAAUAAAAUCUACAAUACAGUUUUAAAUUUAUAUUUAGUAAUACUGUAAAUACACAAACUUGUGUAAAUGUGAUUAGGGACCAUUUGGGCAACAUUUUACCAGAUCCUUGAAAUUAAGCAUCAGUUUGCAGAAUUUUUGCAUUUUUGUUUUUCAUUUGCUGGAAAACAUCAAGUUUGGACACACUGCCUCCUGGGCAGCAAAAUGCCUGUCUUUCUCUCUCUCUCUCUCUCUCUCUCUCAAGUAUAACAAACAAUUGUAAAAGCAGUUCAUUUUUACUUUUCACUGGUUCUGUGUAAGUUACAACUUUGAGUUUUAGCACUGACUGACCAAUCCACCAGUUGAUCUUGUAAUUUCUCUCUUCUCUUCAUGGCUUGGCUGCAAGGUGGGAUGCCAUCCUGCAGAGGAUUGUUAACUGAAUUUUGAAAUGUCUGUAUAGCUGUUGUUGUUUUUACCCUCUGCAACAAGUGGAUUAGCUGUUGGCUAAAGGUAUGGUUGUAAACUGUGGAGAAAUUGAACCCUGAUUUCAACUUAAGGUGAUAGGGUGAGCUUGAUUUGAAGAAAAUGAAUCGUAAACAAAAAUAUUGAAAAAAAUAAAAUUGAAAACCUAACAAAACUCUACCAUGAUAUUGGUGCUCCUUUAAUAAUAUACACAUGCAUUUGAAAAUGAAAUGUAAGAAACUGGAGCAGGCCAUUCAUCCCCAAGAAUCUAUUCGAACAUUCAUUAAAAUCAUAGCUGAUGUUCUAUCUCAAUUCCAUCUUGCUGCAUCAUUCCCAUAUUUUUUUAAUUUCCUUAACCAAAAAUUAGUCGCUCUCCAUCUUGAAUAUACUCAAUGGUAACAGCAUCCACAGCUCUCUGGGGUAGAGGAUUCCAGAAGUCAACAUUGAGUGAAGAAGUUUUCCUCAUCUCAGUCCUAAAUGCCCAUCUCCUCAUUUUGAGACUGUGGCCCCUAGUUCUGGACUUUCCAGCUGGGGAAAACAUUCUCCCUGCGUUUACCCUGUUCAAGUCCCUUAUGAAUUUUAAAUGGUUCAAUGAGAUCACCUCUCAUUCUCCAAGGAAUAUGGGCCUAGACCACUCAAUUUCCUCUAAUAGGGCAAUCCCCUCAUCCCAAGAAUUAGCAGUGAACCUUUGUGCUUCCUCUAAGGCAGUACUCCUGUGCAGUACUCCAGGUGUGAUCUCACCAAGGCCUUAUACAAUUGCAUAAGUCAUCUUCGCUAUUAUAUUCCAAUCUCUUUGUAAUAAAAGUGAACAUAUCAUUUGCUUUCCUAAUUGCUUGCAAUACUUGCAUAUUAAGUUUUUAUAAUUUAUGUAUGUAGACAUCCGGGUCCCUCUAAACACCAAACAUUUCCCAAUAAGGAAGCAAGAUACUGCAAAUGCUGGAAAUUUGAAAAAAAAAGAACCUGAAACAUUAACCCUGUUUCUCUUUCCACAGAUGCAACCUGACCAACUGGGUACUUCUGGUGUUUCCUGUUUUUAUACCAAUAUGUCCCAGUCUCUUGCCAUUUCUCCUUUAACAUGCAUAACUUCAGACAUCCGCACAUAUUUCAUCUGCCAUGUUCUUAUCCACUGUUAACUUUUGCAACCUCUGUAUCUUCCUCACAGCUUACAUUCUCACCUAACUUUGUAUCGUCAGCACACUUGAAAAAGCUAGUCAGUAUUGUUACAGGUUGGAUAGUUACAGCAUAUCCAACAUUUUUUUUCCUCCUUUAAGCCAUACAAUUACAAACUCCAGAUUUCAAUCAAUACUUUUUAGACUUGUCAAUGCUAUUCCGUUAUUGGACAGCUGGCCAUUUUUUUUCUUCAAUUCCCCUUAAGGUGGAAUGUGUGGAUUCCAUGCAGCAUUCCAUCUUGCAGCCUGAGAAAAAGCCAAUGAAUCUUGCAUAUUUGAAUGGAUGUUUCCAUGUACUGUGUGUAUAUCAUAACUAAAUCAAGCAGGAAAAAAAUAACAAAUUUCAAGGAACAUGGUAAAAUGGUUCCUAAAACCAUGUCCAAACACACCUAAUAGAAUAACCUUUUCACUACUUGCGUGACACUAUGUGUCACACUAAGUAGACUUUGGGUAUGAAUGCUUUUUUAACAGGGCAUUGUGCUUAUAGCCAUAACUGAUACUCUGAACCAUGUUCAGCACAUAUCCAUAACAAAUUGUUGUAUACAAUAAUAGUAAUCAUUAGUGUUUCCUUCAUUUACAGUACAAUGUUAUUGAUUUUUGAAUUGCACACAUUCUACAGUACCAUUAUAAAGCUCUGUUUGUAUUGGUACUAUAAAAUCUAGUAAGUCUGCUGAAAAGUUACAGAUAGUUUUCAUACAUUUAAGUCAAGAUUGGAAUUUUGAAAUGAUAUUCAUGAAUAAUUAACUCCUUUUCCCCUUUCCCCCCACUCAGGUGCCAUGUCUUCUGGUGCCAAAUGGUUAAUUUAUCAAGUUGUUUUCAGAUGCAACAGUACUUUAAUUGUAUCAUUUUAUAUUCUACAAUUUCAAAGUAAUUAAUCAAUAUUUUGAAACUUAAUGAUUUGUUUUUAUUAUAAAUUCAACAGUAAAAUAUGAACAAAUAUUUUCAAACGUUUGUGAUAUCUGCUUUUUAGAAUUAAGCAUAUUGGGGUUGUGAAGAGCUUCAAUAUAAUGCAGCUGACAUUAAUGCACAUGACUUUUGGUACAAGCAGCUAGAAUAUUAUUUUCAUGCACAGCCAGUAUAUUGUACUUCAGCUUUAACUCUACAAUAAUAGAUCUGCUCAUGGUAAAUUAUAGUUUUGAACUGUUUGUGUGAAUAUCCAGCCUCAAACUACUUUUAUGAUU